UGUGCCUCCGAGACAGGAGGGCACCUUUAGGUCCUCCCUCAUGGUCUCAUUUUAACUUGAUUACCUCUGGAAAUACCUUUCCUUUCCAUAUAUGGUCAUGUUCGGACAUACUGGGGAAUGAGACUUCAAUACAUGGAUGGUGGGGCUGGGGUGUGCGUGGGGGUAGAACAUGAGUACAAUGCAACGCAGCACAACCUACAAGGCCCCUGAGAUGGGAACAAACUCGAGAUGUUCUGGGGGAGGACGGAAGGCCUUGAUGGCUGAGGGGUGGUGAAUAAGGGAGAGAGGAGAGCAGGCUGCUGUUGGUGGGGGGGUGGGGGAAGCAGAUUUCGUGAGGCCCGGUGGGCCCUGGUGAGACGUGCGUCCGUGCUGGUUGGGGGCGGAGCCCCUGGAAGCUUUCAGCAAGGGAAGGACAUGAUCACAUCACCCCUGGACCAGAACCACUCUGGCCACAGUGGGGGCACUGCCAGGCAGGGGCCGUUGGGGAGACUGCAGGAGAGGGCAGUGGGACUCUGUGGACUCGGACCAAGAGUGUGGCCGUGGAGACGAGGGAAAGGGGUCAGGUUCAGGAUAGGCUGUGGAGAUAGCAGCCAUGUGACGUGAGUGGUGGGUGCAGGAAAGGGAGCAGGGGCGGCCGCUAGGUCCGGGACAAGAACAACCAGGUUGGUAGCAAAGCCACUUGUGGAAGGGAAGUGGAUUUGGGGACCUGAGUCUGUGCUGGCCAUGGAAGUUGAGGCCGAGCAGCUGUGGCCCAUGUGGAGGUAGGCAGAGCAGGCAAGCAUGCGACACGGAAACCUGGGAGGAAGGGCAGGAGGGGCAGUCAGCGGUGUCAGGGCUGCCGAGUGGUGAGUGAGAGGAGGAGACAGCAGGUGUGGGGCGGGUCACUGGUGCCUGUGGUGACGGGUGUACUAGCGAGGUUGAGGGUGACAGUGCGUGGAGAGGAGGGAGAGGCUGCAAGCAUAGACAGCUCUGCUGAGGACUGCUGCGUGGAGGUUUAGACAAUGAGGCAGACGCUGGAGGCCUCUGGAGGCACAGGCUCAGGGGGUGGGUGUCUCUGUCCCUGUGGUGAAGGGGGUGCGGGCGUGGCCCUCUAAAGACGGAAUCAUACUCUACUGGUAGGGUAGGGGGAGUGAGGCUGCCAGAGCGGGGGCAGACAAUGGCCAGAGCAAGGUCCUUGAGCACUCGAGAGGGGUGGGGUCCAGAGCACAGCUCACGGGGCUGCUCAGCGUGAGAAGCGGAGGGAACGCAGAGGACCUGGGUGCAGGGACAGGCAAAACAGUGGGAUGGCAAAGAGGUGAACACAAGGCAGCUUUGGUGCACCUGGGGCCGGCCCUUGGGAGUACGUGAGUUUUCUUAAACAAGAGGAUGUGGUUGAGGUCAGGUUGACCUAUAGAAAGAUAGGGAGGAGGGAGGAGGCAGGGUGCGGGUGCUCGUGGGUGGGGCGCCAUGACGACGAUGGGAGGUCACCGUCUGUGACUGUCCUGUUAGGUGCCAGGUACUGGGCUAGGUGCCCUCAGCACCUUGCCUCCCGUCCUCACAGUCACGUGGAGACAGAGGCUCUGAGAGAUGCCGCCACCCAGCUGAGGUUCAGGCCUGGGGCCCCGCUCUUCCCACUGCACAGCUCUAUCCUCCAGCCAGGAGGCAGAACCCCACGACCCCUGCUCCAGGCACCAGGACAGGAGGGGAGGACAGGGCGUGCACUCAAGUGCCCUGGAAUCGUGGGCCGUCUCUCUUUUCCUCGGCAGCUGCUUCUCAGCAGUGGAGUGGGUGACAGGCUCACGCAGGGCAGGACAUCUGCUAGAACAGUGCUGUGGGAGGCAGUUGAAGGAGGGUGGCGCCCAGAGGCCUGGGAAGGAGACAGGCCGUAGGAGGUCCGAGGAGCUCUGGGAAGAUGACAUUCGGCUGCCUGUCCUUCCGGCAGCCUUAUGCAGGUUUUGUAUUAAACGGGGUCAAGACGGUGGAGACACGCUGGCAUCCGCUGCUGAGCGGCUACCGCAGCUGUACCAUCGCUAUCCACAUUGCCGUCAGGGACUGGGAAGAUGCCACCUGGAGGAAGCUGCUGGUGGACAGGCUGGGGAUGACCCCCGCUCAGCUUGAGGCCUUGCUUCGGGAAGGGGAGAAGUACGGCCGUGGAGUAGUAGCUGGGCUCGUGGACGUUGGGGACACUGUGCGGUGCCCAGAACUCCUAGCUCCUGACGAGGCUGCACACCUGGAAAGCCAAGCCGUGCUGGCCGACCUGAAGCCCAAGUACCUGACCACCCUGGCCAACCCCAGGUGGCUACUGGAGCCCAUCCCCAGGAGAGGCGGGAAGGAUGUCUUCCAGGUAGACAUCCCGGAGCACCUGAUUCCCUCGGGCGGGAGGCCUGACGAGCAUGGGCGCCUCAGAGGAAAGUUGCCAAGAGAGCAGGCCAAUCACGACCCAUCAGCCGGUCCCGCGCCACGCACGGUCGAGUCGGCUGCGAGCUGGAUCGGCAGCCAUGGACAGCGCUGCCCAGAGUGUGCUGCUCCCCUAAGCAGGUCCCCACUCGGCUGCAGGGGACCGGGGAGCAGAACUGUCCUUGCAGGACACCCCCUCGGCUAGCGACAGAUGCUCAGGGACUCUGACCUUUAGGGCAGAGGGAAAGCUGCCAGUGAAUGUCCUUGCGCUGCCACUGAUUUUGGUCCGGCUGAUUUCUGGAGUGUACAAAGAAGCGUGUUUUAAGAGCCCUGCUUCGUGUCCUCCCCUCUCUGGUCAAAACUCGUGGAAGGCUCGACCAGCACCCGGGGGACAAGCAGGUGCCAAAUGAUGGCCCGAGAGAGGCCAGCCGUGGACAGCCUCGUUCACGAGCAAGGGGACAUCAGGCUUAGAAGUGGAGCGAGCCCCUGUCCGUCCUUGCUUGUGACUCUUGCCCCGUUGUGACAGUGUCUGCUGGCUCAUGAAGCAUGCGUGCUGGACCUGUCCCUCCAGCAACUUGAUGUCCAAGGAAGGGGCCCUAAAUACAGCUCUAACAGAAAAGUG